AUGGUACUUUGGUCGAAAGAACAAGACAAACUCCCCGACAUUGACAUGUCCUCCGGGGACAUUGAGAUAAAGAAGGAGGGAGGCCCUGUGACCCCGGCCUUCCUCGACUCCAACUGCACCGUCCACCCGGUAAUCCUCACUAAGGGACCAGAGGAAGUGAGCCCAGGGGCCGGGGGCGAGUUCGAGCUCACUGAGGUCGCAUCUUUCACAGAGAGGGCCAGUGAGACUGGGGAGGAUGAGGAGAGGUCUGAGAUCGUGGUGGCAAUAGACUGUCGGGCCAAUGCCAAAGGUCAGCGGGAAGAGGAUGCUCUUCUGGAGAAUGCAAGCCAGAGCAAUGAGAGUGAUGACACCAGCAACGACCAGAGCCCUGAACCCCCAGUGCCGCUCAAGGAGACCUCUUUUUCCAUCGGCCUACAGGUGGUCUUCCCCUUCCUGCUGGCCGGGUUUGGGACAGUGGCAGCAGGAAUGGUGCUCGACAUUGUCCAACACUGGACAGUGUUUACGGAGAUAUCAGAGGUGUUCAUCCUGGUUCCAGCGCUACUGGGGCUCAAAGGCAACUUAGAGAUGACGCUGGCUUCUAGACUUUCCACAGCGGCUAAUAUUGGUCAGAUGGACACAUCCAAGGACAUGUGGAAAAUGAUCAUGGGGAACUUGGCCCUCAUCCAGGUCCAGGCCACGGUGGUGGGAUUUCUUGCCUCCAUAGCUGCUGUGAUCUUUGGUUGGAUCCCAGAGGGGCACUUCAGGCUGGGCCACGCAGUGCUGCUGUGUGCUUCCAGUGUGGCCACAGCCUUUAUCGCCUCUCUGCUGCUAGGUCUCAUCAUGAUCGGCGUGAUUGUAGCAUCCAGAAAAGUCGGCAUCAACCCUGACAACGUGGCCACGCCCAUUGCUGCUAGCCUGGGAGACCUGAUCACCCUGUCCCUGCUGGCAGGCAUCUCAACGGGACUCUACAAAGAGCUAGAGUACAAUGACUAUGCCAGCCCACUGGUGUGUGCAGUGUUUGUGGCAAUGUGCCCCUUAUGGGUGCUGAUUGCCAGGAAAGUGCCAUGUACCAGAGAAGUCCUCUACUCCGGCUGGGAGCCGGUUAUUAUUGCCAUGGCCAUCAGCAGUGUUGGUGGUUUGAUCCUCGACAAGACGGUCACCAACCCAAACUUUGCUGGCAUGGCUGUCUUCACCCCAGUCAUCAACGGAGUGGGAGGCAACCUGGUGGCAGUUCAGGCCAGUCGAAUCUCCACCUAUCUCCACAUGAAUGGUCUACCGAUGGGGGAUCCCAACCCCACCCCGAGGAAAUGCCCCACACCCUGCACCUCCUUCUUUGGCUCCAGUGUAAACUCUCGUUCAGCCCGUGUGCUCUUCCUCCUGGUUGCCCCAGGUCACCUUGUCUUCCUCUACACCAUCAACUCCCUGAGGGGGGGACACACCACCCUAACACCCAUCUUCAUCACCUUCUACCUGGCUGCUGCACUAUUGCAGGUCGUGAUCCUGCUUUACCUGGCAGACUGGAUGGUCCACUGGAUGUGGGGCCGAGGCAUGGAUCCGGACAACUUCUCAAUCCCCUACCUGACUGCCCUCGGUGACCUGCUGGGGACUGGCUUCCUCGCCCUUUGCUUUCACAUGCGCUGGUUCAUUGGGGACAGAGAUACUAAUGUGGGCAACUGACUGCAGGCAUAGACACAUGCACAGAAUAAGACCUUUACACAUACUGUACGCUUGCACGCAUGGGCAGUGAUAUGCAUCACUUGUUUGCCUGAACACUAUCUGAAAGUGGACAUCUACAAGAAAAGGGCUAAUCUCCUGUGGGACUCUGAUUGAUGGUAUAGUGCACAUACCAUUUCAGCUUCAGGAUAUUAGGAUAUAGUUGUACUGCUGACACAGCAACAGCCCAGAAAUCCAGACAGAAUCUUUGUUUCACCAUAGAAACAAGGUAAACAUACUUAUCUCCAUCUCAACCACCCAACAAAGCCCCAAAUACCAGGUCUUCCUGACCUGAAGGCUCCACUACUCCUCCUUUGUUUUACAUCAUAAUUGACUUCCACCACUUUUAUUAUUAUACUAUUGACAAUUAUUUUUCGCAAAUAAUGUGUUUGAUAUGAAUCAAUAUGUGUUUUAUGUGCAUGGCCAGUCCUCAUUAUUUUCAAUGGGGACUAAAGCCCUUCUGUUUUUAAAGAUCAAUUUUUAACACCUGAAACCACAAUGACAGACGACAGCAAAAAAUAUAUCCAAUCAAGCCUUGAAUGCUAAUUCACCAAGUGCUAUGUCAUAUAAACAGAAAACAUAGGUUUUAGUUUUGACCUUGGGAUAACAGGAAACAUAAACUGGACCACAAAUGUAACUAAUGGGCUUGAUUUGAGCCAGAACUAGGAAGACCUGAGGUCAGUCCAACAAAUGGUUUUUAUCAGCCAUUCAUAAGAUUGAACUCUGUUUGUGUUAGUGGUUGAAUCGGCUCAUUAAUAUAUUUUCUUUAAAUGGGGAUUGCGUGUUCAUUUAGCCCUCACACCUCCUAUCGCGUCCACAGAGGUUACACUACUGCAAUUUUUGGCCAGAUCUGGCAUUACUGUGAUAAUGAAAUGUCCUCACUGAGAAAAGUAAGCAAACACUUAAACUUUGGAAAAAUAGUAUGUGGAAAAUGACCAUGUGACUGUGACUAGGAGUGUUUUGAUAAACUGGAACACAAAAACAUGGCUUACUGUUUGUUGCAGCUCACUCAUGGAUAUGCAGAAGUUAGUGAGGUUUUAUUUUACAACCAGUUAUUUAAGAAGAGAAUAGCACCAGAUCCCCUGUGUAAAACCACCUAUCAGCUCUCUACUACAGCAGGUUAGCUGUUGUUGUGCUUCCUAAGCCAGGCUUACAGUAAGUGACAAGAGGCUCAACGUGCUGCAAUUCACUGCACCAAAUCCGCAGUCCUUAGCCAAUUGAAGGCCACUGUGUUCACACAUGGUUCAGAGUGUAAAAUUGUGUUAAGUUGCCUUAGCCAGGAUUACAGGUGUUCACCCAGUUUCAGCUGGCACAGUUUCACACCAGAUGAAAGGUACUGAUAGCUGAUAGUUUGUGUGGAUUUGAUUUACUUUAUAUCGUAAAACUUAAUUUCUUCUCAUGAUGGUACACAUAAUCAUUUCAGUAAAAGAUAAACCAAUGAUGGUGUCAGGUCACAGGAAGUUGUGGCAACCUUUUUAGUAUUUUAUUGAUGCCACUGACCCUUAGAUUCUAAUUAAUCAAAAUAUAAUCAUAGUUUUUCAAGCUGUGUAAGAGCCCAGUCAAAUCCGAACAUAUAAAUAGCUGUAUUAAUCAGCUAAAUCAGUUCACACCAAAGGAAUUGCCUCGCCGCUCGAUGUGUUGUUUGACUUCAAAACACAAGCAGCUUAUUCACGAUGUCGCACCAUUCACUUUUAUUCCAUAAAGUAUAAAUUGUGACACAGACAAGAAAUGGUUUAAAGACCCUGAGUAGACUGUAGUAUAUUAUUUUAAUUCAACUGUGGGAACUUACUGUCCUGUUAGCAACUACAAGCUUGAUAAGCCUCAUGAUAAGCUUGCAGUUAAAUAGCAAGUCUCAUUAGGUGAACUUUUAUUUCGGCUUCAUAAAUCUUUGUUGACAUGAUGAGAGAACAACAUGUCAGGGAAUGGUUAAAGACUGGUGGUGCUAGCUUGUUUCCAGUUUGCCAACAUUGUAGACAUGGAACUUCUGGUCAGAGCAUCCUGAGGUUUUACAUGCAAAUUCCUGACUGGAUGCAAAUCAUCUUGACUGUGUGGAAUAUGCAGAAAACCGUGACUGUGGUAGUUGUACUGAGCUGCCAACCGCCUAUUUCUCAAGGCCCAACAUAUUUGACUGUUGUAGUUCCUGGUGUUACUGGGUGUGGAGGCAGAUUUCAUUGCAGAAGUUUUGUCUCUCUUGCAACAAACAAGAAUGUUAAAUUAAAUUCAGUUUUUUUUUUUAUACAGCACCAAUUCACAACAUAUUUCAUCUCAUAGCACUUCACAUACUAAGGUAAAGACUUUACAGAUUUUAAACAAUAGUGUCUCUAAUUAGGGAUGAACCUGAACCUCUAUAAAUCACUGAUUUACAUGAAAUCAGGGGUUAGCAUAGUGACACAUUGGUUUAAUCUUCGUGCAUGCCCCCCAAAUUCCUUUACAUUCACAGCCACACAAACUAUUUGUCGUCAGAUAAGCUGACUAGUGGGUAUACAGGUGAGGAAGAGAAUAGAAAAGGAAGUUGUGAGUCAUUACGACAGACUGUACUGAGUACGUACGUUGGCCCAAGAGAAACCUGCAAGUGAUGCUCGACUUAUCUGCUCGUCUAUUUUGAGAGGGAGCCAGCAGAAUGCAUGUGCAGAGCACAUAGGAUGAAAUUGCAAAACAUAAUUAUUUGAUCUUUUAAAAGUUUUCGUUGUGCUGUUACAGAUAAUUUCAAUGCAUCAAUUAUGUUGAAAUUGUGAUUUUGUUUAAGUAUUCCUUUCCUCCUUUUCUUAAUCUUUUUAACUCUUUACACUCAUUGAUUUGUAUCAUGGAUUUAAUUAAGAAAACAACCACUGUAACCAUAAAGCAGCUUCUCUCACUGUUCAAACGCUACAGUGUACUGUAAUCUGCAAAAGCACCAUCAGAGGGCACCGCAGGGAUUCUCUGGUCUGUGUGUCCUCUGGUUACAAACCCACACGUGUCCACUCGGAGUCACUGUUCUCAAUUUGUGUGCUUUCAUACAGUGUUUGAAUGGUGUAAAAGCUGCAUCCUUCAAUCUGUUCACUUUCAGUCUGUAUCUUCCACUCUCUUACUGACCAGGUGCCAGUGUUCAGACUCUACAUCAAUAGAAAGUUGUGAAUACUUCUAUAAGGGGACAAGUAAUGCUUUGUCUAUUUAUUUUUAGAAGCACACAAAGCAAAUUGUAUAUACUAUAUUUAUUCUAUAUAUAAGGUUGUUUAUUUUGUCAUUUCCACUCUAUUCCUUUGUCGCCACAUUGUUGUCAAUAUUUUCAUCUCUUUCUUCUUUGCAAAAGACCACUAGAGCUUUUUGCCUCUCUCCAUAAUAAAAUGGAAGUGAGGCCAAUGACUAGCAAGGUGCCUAAUACCAGUCUUGACACACCUCACACAGAUGCACAUAUGUCCUGUCGCAACUGGGGAAGCAGAAGAAAUAGAAUGGAUGAAUGUCAGAGUCGAGCUUGAUUCACAGUAACCAAUUAGGAGAUAAGUUCCCCACAGAGUAGUGUCUCUUUAAUUAGCUUUGAUUAAUAAAAGAUGUACAGUAUGUUGAUUAUGAUGUGUAAUGUAACAGUGACUUUAUAUGAUGUGGCAGUGGAGAGUAGGGUUGGUAGCAUCAGUUACGAGCUUUUGUUCACGUAAAUCUGCAGAAAUAAGGGUUUUGAUUUUGAAAACCUUUCAGCAGUCUACGUCAAAGAGCACCUGGAAAGUCUGGAAUCAUGUCAAGCCUCGGUAGAGCUAAGACCCACAAAUAUACCCAAAAGCCUAAAAAGAAAACAAGGUAAAGUGUCUCUUCUUAUGAUUCCAGAUGUUCCCUCUCUGUACCUAACAUAGGUAGCCAUUCACCAGUAACCCACCUACUGCCUCAUUAACUUCAGUGCUUUGACCCCUUGAGCCCCAGAACUCAGUGGGAACCACCCUCAGGCUGCCAACAUCCACAUCAAGAUCAAGUCCUUGACUGUAAACGUCCUCAUGUCCUAGUCAGCUUUGCUGCCUUUGAGGAAAUUCAUGUAAAGACAUGCAGUCUAACGGGGUCUGAGGUCUUUGUGUUCAAUGUGUGUUCACUUGUAAAAGCCCUCUUCAGUGAAACAGGAGAGAGGCUUUUUCCCUGCAGGACUUUGUAAAUUGCUGGAAAUAAAGGACUAUAUUAUUUCAUACCA